ACAUUACACGCUACUCCCGCCGCUAGUACGCCACACGGCCGGGGAGGGCAGUAGGUCCGCGAGGUAACCACCGAUGAAUGGCAGUGUACUUAGCAUUCUAGGAUCGUUAAACUUCAUCGCCUGUGCAAGAGUUGACGUUUAACCUUAAAGGAAAAGUGAAGCAAGGAGUAGAAUUUACCAAGGAUUCAGGCUUUAAAUUGUUAAUUGCAUCUUACAGUUUCCCACACCAGUUAAAAAAUGGGUGAACGUAAAGGAACGAAUUUAUAUUACCCACCGGACUAUGACCCUCGAGUCGGUGGGCUCAACAAGUUUAUGGGGACCCAUGCACUGCGUGAAAGAGCUCGCAAACUACACAUGGGUAUCCUCAUCAUACGAUUUGAAAUGCCAUAUAAUAUAUGGUGCGAUGGCUGCGGUAAUCAUAUUGGAAUGGGAGUACGAUAUAAUGCAGAAAAGAAAAAAAUUGGAAUGUACUACAGCACACCAUUAUAUCAGUUUCGGAUGAAGUGUCAUCUUUGCGAUAAUCAUUUCGAGAUCAAAACAGAUCCUGCGAAUUUGGAUUACAUCAUUGUAAGUGGUGCUCGUCGACAAGAAAAUCGUUGGGAUCCCAAGGAUAAUGAACAGGUAGUUCCAGAAACAAAGGAAGUAUCAAAAAGACUGUAUGACGAUGCUAUGUAUAAGCUCGAACAUGAAAUUGAAGAUACAAAGACUGCACGAUCGCGUGAUUCUGCUCUAGAUAAUGCUAUUGCCCUUAAUGAGGCAACUUGGAAGGAUGACUACAGCUCUAAUUGUGCUCUACGUGCUGCAUUUCGAGCACGGAAAAAAGAACUUCAAAGUAAGCAAACGACUGACCACAAGUUACUGACGAAAAUGGGUAUUGAUGUUGAUCUUGUUAAUGAACAUGAAGAUGAUAUUAAAUUAGCACGUUUACUUAUGUACAACAAGCAAAAAGAAACAAAGAAAUCAGGUUUGCGACUAAAGCGAUUAGUGUCCAUUGCAAGGUCUAAAAAGGCAACAAAAAGUACACAAUUAACUUCAACCAAUAAAACGAAAUUGCCAUCGGUUCCUCCAACACAAGCUACAUCUUCUACAGGAUCUUCUAGCACCAAUAGUUCACUUGUUGGUUACGAUUGCUCGAGUUCUGACAGUGAUACCUAGUUUCCUUCAGGUUUAAUAAUAAUANGUAAAAAAUAA